CUCCUUUGUAGUAUGUGUCGUCGUCUUCUUCUUCGGAGUUCAGAUUCCUUCGAUAAAGUCCAAUAUUUUCCUUCUUUUUCUUUUACUUCACUCCCGCCGGCUUUCUCUUUGCAUUUCGUCUUCAUUCAUAUGAUAUAGAUAGGGGUCCAAUUCAAUUCACUUGAAUUUAGUUUCUCCUAGAAAUCAUGGACGAAGAAGUGGCUUUAAUCCUUAGGAAUUCAGAAAGUCAAACUGAAACCCAGAACCACACUCGCGAUAUUCAUAUUCUCAGCUCCGCUUUCCUACUGAUCUUCUUAGCCUAUGGCGCUGCUCAGAAUUUGGAGAGUACUGUCAACACUGGUCAAGAUUUGGGAACAAUUUCACUUGGGAUUUUGUAUACGUCUUUCGCGGCUUCUUCUCUGUUUGCUUCAUUGGUGGUUAAGGGUUUGGGAUCAAAGAAUGCUCUUGUUCUUGGGACUACAGGUUAUUGGUUGUUCAUUGCUGCUAAUUUGAAACCAACAUGGUUGACUAUGGUUCCAGCUUCAUUGUAUUUGGGGUUUACAGCUUCUGUUAUAUGGGUUGCUCAGGGAACUUAUCUUACUUCAUCUGCACGGUUUCACGCUAAUGAUUGCAAAUUGGAAGAACCAAAUGUGAUUGGGAGUUUAAAUGGAGAAUUUUGGGGGGUCUUUGCUACUCAUCAGAUCUUAGGAAACCUGCUCUCUCUUGCACUUUUGAAUGAUGGAGUGGAGGGUGAGACGAGCAACACAACAUUGCUAUUUCUUGUGUUCCUUUGUAGUAUGACCAUAGGCACUGUACUAAUGUGCUUCUUAAGUAAGAAGGGUAGUAGAGGAGAGAUUGUAAUACCAGAUUCUUCCGACAAUUUCUACUCCUUUUUGAUUUCAAAGUCAAAGUCUCUCUUCACUCCAUUGUUUGACAAAAGAAUGCUUUUGCUCAUUCCCCUUAUUGCAUAUUCUGGAUUACAACAAGCAUUUGUAUGGGCUGAAUUCACCAAGUUUAUAGUUAAACCCACACUUGGUGAAUCUGGUGUUGGAGGUGCAAUGGCUGUUUACGGGGCUUUUAAUUCAUUAUGUUCCUUAUUUGUGGGUCGACUGACUUCUGGUCUCCAAUCAAUAACUUGGAUAGUUGCAGCCGGCGCUUCUCUUCAGAGUAUUGCUCUGAUAACCGUUCUUUUCCCUUUCAGUGUAACCAGCGGUGUAAUGUAUCCCCUAAUUGUGGCGGCAAUAUUGGGUAUUGGUGAUGGUGUUUUCAACACACAACUUAAUGCUUUGUUGGCAAUGCUGUUUAAACAUGACAUGGAGGGUGCAUUUUCACAUUUCAAGCUGUGGCAGAGUGGUGCUAUUGCUGUCGUGUUUUUCCUGUCUCCAUACAUUUCCAUGCAAACCAUGGUGGUGAUCAUGCUCGUUUCCAUUUGCAUUUCAAUGUUCGGAUUCUUCAUCCUGGUUCUCAAGGUAGAAGCAGCAUUUUCAACUGUAGCUUAAAGAAUGUGUGUAUAUCUAUGUCUUCCGCGUGUUGUACUAUUGCUUUGUUUGAUCUAGGGUUAUUUCCAAAUACCUUUUAGAUGUAGGUUAUAUUGAAUAUCAAGUUAUUUGGAUAAAAGGUAUAAAUAUAAUAUAUAUAUAUGUGUUUUAAUAAAAUCGAUUGUAUUUUGGUUGA